AUGGGCGAGGAGGAUGAAGACGAGAUGAGACUGAGCAAUUCUGUGACACCGACUCUAUCUAUGAUAUGGAACUUGGGCAACACCAAUGAUAAAGGGCCGGUCCGAGCAGUUUUGAGGCCCGGGGCAAAUGCAAAAAAAAUGGCCCUUCAACGAUUAAAAGGGAAAAAAAAUUAUCGGGCGGCUGAGGUUAGAGAGAAAGAACAGAGAGAAACACUGACAUAUGAGAAAUUCAGCAAUCUCCGUGUCUCUAACAUCAAUGGCGGCUCUUCGAUUUCACUAUCCUCUUUUUCUGCUGCUCACUCCAAUGGAGACGUACCCGGUUCGAUUUCCAAAACAACAUCUUUCUCCCAGUUGAUUGAGUCGUUGAUUGAUAGAAAGAACUUGACGGAGGCAGAAGCGGAGGAGUCUCUUGAUUUUCUGCUGCAAGAUGCCAAUGAAUCGCUGAUAAGUGCUUUUCUUGUUCUUUUGAGAGCCAAGGGUGAAACUUAUGAAGAAGUAGUGGGAUUAGCAAGAGCCAUGUUCAAACACUGUAAAAAGGUAGAAGGAUUAGAUGAUGCUGUUGACAUAGUUGGAACUGGUGGUGAUGGUGCAAACACUGUAAAUAUCUCAACCGGAUCAUCCAUAUUAGCAGCUGCCUGUGGAGCAAGAGUUGCAAAGCAAGGGAAUAGGUCAAGCUCAUCUGCAUGUGGAAGUGCUGAUGUAUUAGAAGAAUUGGGUGUUGCCAUUGAAUUAGGCCCUGAGGGGGUGAAAAGGUGUGUGGACAAAGCAGGAAUUGGUUUCAUGAUGUCUCCGAUAUAUCAUCCAGCUAUGCAAAUUGUUAGACCAGUGAGAAAACAACUCAAAGUGAAAACCGUAUUCAACAUCCUUGGUCCUAUGUUAAAUCCAGCACGUGUCCCUUUUGCAGUUGUUGGUGUUUACAAGGAAGAUUUAGUUCAUAAAAUGGCAAAAGCACUUCAACGAUUUGGCAUGAAAAGAGCACUUGUUGUCCACUCUGAAGGCUUGGAUGAAAUGAGUCCUCUUGGGCCAGGGCUAGCCCUUGAUGUUACCCAAAAUUCAAUUGAGAAGUUCUCAUUUGAUCCAUUGGAUUUUGGAAUGCCACGUUGCACAGUAGAUGACUUGCGUGGUGGUGAUUCUAAAUACAAUGCAGAAAGCCUAAGGCGUGUAUUAUCAGGAGAAAAAGGAUCUAUUGCUGAUUCAUUUGCACUCAAUGCUGCAGCAGCCCUUUUGGUGAGUGGGUGUGUAGAGAGCUUAGGAGAAGGAGUGGUUAUGGCUCGUGAGACUUUAGAAUCUGGAAGAGCAAUCAAAACUCUUGAUUCGUGGAUUGAAAUCUCUAAUAACUGCGUUAAUAUUGAAGUGAUGGCAUGAAAUUGAGUUGAAAGGUGAGAAGCUGUUGUAGAUUCAAUGGCAUAAUUAGUUUUUUUGAAGGUUUGCUUGUCUUUCAAUUUUGGAGUUUGUAAUGUGGUGUAUGCCAUUUUCGUGGUGAGCCCAUAUUCUAAAAGAGCAUAGAGGAUUUUGUUUUUGGUUUUCGGAGAAGAUAUGUAUUGAUAUGAUGCGAUGCAAUGAAUUAGUGGUUCAUUUUGAAAUAAUGAGAUAUGGCAUUUUCUUGUAUUUGUUAUAAAAAGUUAGGAAUUGAAUCAUUUUGAAAUAAUGAAA